AUGGUCGACUUCACCCUCUCCAACUCCGAACAGCAAACAAGAGCGGCAGCACGCAGCUUUGCUGCUGCACACUUAGCCGGCGCUCAAGCAAUAUAUUCUGAGCUCCCAACCCCCGAAGAGCAAUUUCAGAGUCUCCGGCCUAUCUAUGCGGCCGCAGUCAAGGCGAAUCUUAUCAAGGCCCAGGUGCCGGCCCAGAUCGGGGGCAGCAGUACUAAUUUGGUCGAGGCUGCGAUCCUAGUAGAGGAGUUCUACGCCGUCGAGGCAUCCGCUUCAUUAACCAUUUUCGGAACCGGACUGGGCUUGACUCCUGUCGCGCUGGCUUAUCGGCCUUCAAUUCAGAAAUUCUUGGAUCCCUUCCUUGCAAACGAGGGGGCACCGCUUGCUUCGUUGGUGUUUUCGGAGCCUGCCGGCGUGGCGAAUUGGCUGGAACCUGGAGCGCCUGGAUUGCAAACAACAGCACGCCGGGAGGGAGAUGAGUGGGUUCUGAACGGUGAAAAGAUAUGGGCGACCAACUCCGCAGGCUGGGACUUUCGAGGCGCCGAUCUGAGUUGCGUGGUGUGUCGAUGCGUCGAUGAGGACGUGGUUGCGCGGGCUGCCUGUCCUCAGGACCUCAUCAUGAUUCUGCUGGUUACACGGCAGGAUAUCCAGAGAAACGGAUCGGACUGCUUCCAGGUCCUCAAACAUGUCGAGACGGCGGGGCACAAAGCUACCUCAGGGCCCCAUAUCAAGGUAGGUUUGGUUCUUUCCUCUACAUUGCGAAUGGCGCUGAAGAGAAAGUACACGAACCUCCGAGUCCCAGUCGAAAACGUGCUCUGCGCGCCAGGCACCGGUGCUCCCAUCGUGCUACACUCCUUUGAGAUCUCGGCAAUGCUCGUAGGAGCAAUGGGUGUCGGGAUCCAACGAGCCGUAUUCGAUGCGGCCCUGGCCUUCUCUCAUGAUACACGCGGUGGCACCGUCCCCAUCGCCCAACGUCAGUCCGUCGCGGACCUCCUGAUCAACAUCAAAAUGCGGACAGAGACAUCGCGGUAUCUGACAUGGAAAGCAGCGCACUGUUUGACCCAGGGUCCUGGUGAGCAUGCGCAGCGCCGGGAGCAUGCACUCCUGGCCAAGGUACAUUGCUCCGAUGCAGCGGUGCAGUCGUGUCUAGACGCGAUCAAUGCGGUGGGAGUGUCGGCAUAUAACCUUGAAACGCCAUUUGCUUCCCUCCUCGCUACUGCGCUUGUUCUGCCUAUUUUUGACGGAGGGAAUGUGGGGAUCCGCAGACGGGCACUGCAGGAUCUAUUCCUUGAAGAAGGAUAUCAGCCGUGGGGGACGACGUUCGGAUUCGAUAACUAG